AUGACGGAGACGAAGGAUGGCACCGAUGUGAAGCAAGCUGAUCGGCUACGAUUUUUUACACCGCAAGAGGUGGCGAGCCACAACAUAGCGACGGAUUGCUGGGUCUCCAUCAACCACCGCGUUUUGGAUUUAUCGCUGUUGAUUGAAGAAAAUUCAGGAAUCCUCGUCCAGCCACUUGUACUUCACGCCGGCGAAGAUAUCUCCCAUUGGUUUGAUCCAGAGACGGAAGAUGUAAAAUACCACGUGGACUCUGAGCGUAACCUGUCCGUGCCCUUCGUACCGUACGGACGCUUCCUCCACGUACCUCCACCAGAUCCAAGUGCUCAAUGGUGUACGGCUGACCUGCUACCCUGGUGGCGCGAUCCGAAAUACGUCGUCGGACGGCUAACCAAGAGAGCUCGUUGGCUUGAGAUCGUCAACAUGCUCACUCAACAGCGACACUCGCUCGAGGUAUGCAGCGAGGAAACUAUUGCCGAGAUCCAGACGCGUUAUCUACGACUUAAUGCUCACGCUGGUAGCUACACGUGGAAGCGUCUUGAAGACGACGAGUUUGUGCCAAUGCAUAUGCAGCGCACACUGGACGAGAACGGGAUUCCAGACGAAGCGCCCAUUUUCGAGCGCUUCGACAUGGACGAACACCAGUUCAUGCCUACGCUUCAUAUCUACUACGACGAUGAUCUUACCGUCAUGUAA